AUGGUGAAGCGAGAUCAUGCAGAGAGAUUGCGGGUGAGGAUAGGUUUUGAAGGUUUGUUCUAUGUGGAUAGUGUGAGGAAUGGUAGGGGACUGGCUUUGUUGUGGAGGAGGAAUAAUACAGCUACACUACUGGGCUAUUCGAAAAACCAUGUGGAUAUUGAGGUCCGUAUGUCAUCAGGAGAGACAUGGCGUAUGACGUGUUUCUAUGGCUUCCCUAAAAGUAGUCAAAGGAGAGAAUCAUGGGAGUUGCUUAAAUCUUUGGUGGGGAAAUCUCCGCUUCCGUGGGUUGUAAUAGGGGAUUUUAAUGAUCUCUUAUUCCAGCAUGAGAAAAGGGGAACCAAUCCACAUCCAGAUAACUUUCUCCGGGGUUUCAGUGAAGCUGUGGAUGACUGUGGAUUGCGUCAGUUACCUAUGAGGGGGUAUCAGUUCACAUGGGAAAAGUAUAGUGGAACAGAUCAAUGGCUUGAGGAGAGACUAGAUAAGGUACUGGCAACGAUGGAGUGGUGUGAUGUGCAUGGAGGGGCGGGGGUGGAGAAUAUAAUUACUAGUAACUCGGAUCAUUCGGCUCUGUUUCUUGAUAUGAAUGCACGAAAAAGGGGAGGAGGAAGGAUUCCUAGGAGGUUCAGGUUUGAGAUGGCAUGGCUGCUUGAUGAGGGGUGUAGAGAAGUGGUGGAAAUUGCCUGGCAAGGGGGGAGGACAGAGGGGUUGUUGAAUUGUCAGCAACGAUGUGGGGAUAGGCUGAUGCGCUGGGGCGGAGACCAUUUUCAUAAGUUUGGUGAGCAUAUCCGGCGACUCCGCAGGGAGCAGGGGCGGAUCCGUGGUAGGAGGGAUCCGGCAUCUUUGGCUCAGUUCCAGCUGUUGAAUAACCAGAUCUCCCAGUUAGAAGCCCAGGAAGAUGUCUUUUGGAGGCAGAAAGCGAAGCAGCAUUGGCUUCGUGGCGCAGAUGCGAAUACGAAAUAUUAUCACAGGUAUGCUUCUGCUAGAAAGAAAAAGAAUUCUGUUUCUAAGCUGUUGAAUGAGAAUGGGGUAUGGGUGGAGGGACAGGAUAUGAAUAAUGUAGUAAUCAAUUAUUUCAAUACAAUUUUUGCUACUAGUAAUCCUGUGUGUGAGGAUUCUUUAUUUGAUGAGUUUGGGCCCCGUGUGACAACUGACCAGAAUGAGGCAUUGUUGUGUCCCUAUGAUGUGGCCGAGGUCAAAACUGCUUUAUUUGCCAUGUAUCCUGACAAGGCACCGGGACCGGAUGGGAUGAAUCCUGGAUUUUAUCAGCGGUUUUGGGAUAUAGUUGGAGAAGAUGUGUCUGCUUUUGCUGUUAAUUGUUUGAAUUCAGGUGAAAUCCCGGGUGAUUUAAAUGCAACUAAUAUUGUUUUGAUCCCGAAAAAGAAUGAUCCUACAACUGUGGCGGAUUUGAGGCCUAUUGCCCUGAGUAAUGUAUUGUACAGGAUUAUGGCAAAAAUGAUCGCCAACAGAUUGAAACCUAUGCUGGGGGAUCUGAUUUCAGAAUCUCAGAGUGCCUUCAUCCCAGGUAGGCUUAUAACGGAUAAUAUACUUGUGGCGGCAGAGGUGGGCCACUUUUUGAAUCGUAAACAGUGUGGAGUGGCUGGGUGGGGAGCGCUUAAACUGGAUAUGGCGAAAGCCUAUGAUAGAAUGGAGUGGCCAUUCUUGAAAAGAAUGCUGGAAGUAAUGGGUUUUGAUGGAAGGUGGAUUAAGCUGAUAAUGACAUGUGUUACCACUGUAUCAUACACUGUGAUGGUCAAUGGCGUGAGUGGAGGCCAGGUGCAACCAACAAGGGGUCUCAGACAGGGAGAUCCACUUUCACCUUUCUUAUUUAUUAUUUGUGCUGAAGCAAAUGUCCAGGAAGCUAUGGUGGUUAAGCGGUGUUUGGAGAGGUAUGGGGAAUUAUCUGGUCAGUUGAUGAAAGAAGAGGUGGCCGAAUGUUUGGGCGUGGCACAGGCAAGGAACUUUGGAAAAUAUCUGGGGUUACCCUCUUUUAUAGAGAGAAAUAAAAGGGCUGUUUUCUCGUAUAUAGAAGAUAAAAUCAGACAAAGAGUUUUCUCGUGGAACAAGAAAUUGUUAUCACAGGCUGGCAAAGAGGUGCUUUUGAAAAGUGUGGCUCAGUCUAUGCCCACAUUUUCAACGAGUGUUUUUUUGCUCCCUGAAUCAGUUUGCGAGUCGGUACAAAGGGCCAUGAAUAGGUAUUGGUGGGGGAAAGGGCCAGACAGAGGAAUCCACUGGAAAGCAUGGAACAAAUUGUGUAUCCCUAAAAAGUUUGGUGGAUUGGGGUUUAAAGAUCUGAGGAAUUUUAAUCUGGCAAUGUUGGGUAAACAGGCAUGGCGUUUCUUAACAAAUUCAGGAUCUCUGCCAGCACGAAUAUAUAAAGCAAGAUAUUUCCCUAAAACUUCUUUUGUUGAUGCAACGAUGGGAAAUAAUCCCAGUUUUUGUUGGCGAAGUUUUAUGGCUGCUCAUGAUUUUGUUGUUGCCCACGUCCGCAGGAGAAUUGGAAAUGGCCAGGAAACUUUGAUAUGGGGUCAUCCGUGGUUGCAGGAUAAUCCUAGUCCACUGGUUCAAACAGUAAUGCCUGAACCAUUAAGGGAUGCAGUUGUUGCAGGUUUAAUAGAUCAGCAAACAAAAACAUGGGAUCCUCAUAUUUUAACAGAUUUAUUUAAGCCUGAGGAUGUGGAUCGUAUUUUGAGAAUACCUGUGAGCCCAGACUAUAAAGACACAUGGUAUUGGCAUAAUGAUGCGAAUGGUUGCUACACUGUAAAAGAUGCUUAUAGGCGUCUAAUGGGAGAAUUUAAUCACACCUUGGGAGAAUUUGAUAGAUGGAUUACAUUGUGGAAGUUGAAAAGCCGUGUGGAAUAUUUCGGGAUUGCCUAUUAUGAAUAUUUCUUCAACAUCUUUCCCGAACUGGCUUAUGACUGUUAUGGAUAUGCUCACAAGGAGAACAGAAACGAGGCGGUCUGGCAACAUGCGGUACGGAGGCUGGAGGUGGUGUGGCGCCGUGCAGCUGCGGGGGAGGCGAGCUACACGGCACUUCAUUCUCGUCCAGAAGCGGCACCGGCCGGCGAGGUGCAGACAGUGGCAGCCGGGCGGACGACGUGCUACGUCGACGCCGGAUACGAUCCGGGGACGGGAGAUGCAACCUAUGGGGCGGUCUUACUCGAUCCGAAUGGUUUGUUCAAAGCAGCGGCAAACGGAAAACUCCCGGGGUGUUUAACUCCUCUUAUGGCAGAAGCACUAGCAUGCAAGGAAGCCUUGUCCUGGCUUAAAGACCGAAACGAGAACGAGGUCGAUAUUCUUAUAGAUUGUCUUGUCUUCAGGAAUGCGGUUCAUGCAACCACAGACCACAUCUCCUUCCCCCGACCCCCAUCGUCUGAUCGAUCAGCGGCUCAGCGCUCCACCAGCGUCCGGCGGCCAACCACCACCAGGCGUCACUCCGGCGUCAGCGAGUCAGGGCAGCGUUCUUCUCCGUCCGUCUUCGCCAAUCGCCUGCUCCGUCUGCUCGUCCACCGGCAGAGUCCUCCGUCUGCUCCGUCUGCUCGUCCACCGCCCACCACUUCACGGCAGAGUCCUCCAGAGUACUAUACAAGUGUAUAG